AUGCCACGCACUCCCUGGAUUGGCGGCAACUGGAAGUCCAAUGGCACUGUUGCCUCCAUAACGGAGCUUUGCAAGGAGCUCAACCAGGCUGAAUUUGUCCCCAGCGAGACGGAGGUGGUCGUCUUUCCCACGGCCCUGCACAUCGCACUUGCCAGGGAGAAACUGAAGAGCGCCUUUCAAAUAGGAUGUCAGAACAUUUCAAAGACCGGCCCCGGCGCCUUCACUGGCGAGAUCACGGCCGGGAUGGUGAAGGACUUCGGGCUGAAGUGGGUGAUGGUGGGCCACAGCGAGCGGCGGCAGUACUACGGCGAGACGGACUCUGUGGUGGCAGAGAAGGUGGCGAUGGCGAUGAAGGAAGAAGGCCUUCACGUUGCUGAGCUGCGGAAGUUCGUGGGGGAGAAGGCGGGGGCCUCCGUGGCUGCGGACCUUCGAAUAGUUUAUGGCGGCUCCGUUUCGGAGCAGAACUGCGCGGCGCUGCUGCGGUGUACAGACGUCGACGGCUUUCUGGUGGGCGGCGCCUCUUUGAAGAAGGCCUUCGUGGACAUUGUGGCGGCCCCGCGGGGGGUCAGCAAACCCUAG